AUGCGUCUUGCACACUCUAUUAAGCUUCAGUGCUUUCGAAAAUUGUCUUCUAUCGAUCGAGAUGCUAUUAUACUUUCACAUGCUGAAAUCUCAAAGGAGAAUAGGAAACGACCUGCUAAAGCCACUUCAUCGGCACCAGCUGAACAAGGUCCAAAGGCAAAAAAAGUUAAAUCAGAAGAAAAUACUGAACAGGAAGAAUUACGUAAACAGAAUAAAUUACUGUGGAGUUUAAGAGAUAAACUUGAAAGUGAAGUAUCCAAAGAGGCGUUGAUUGGUUUACUAGAAUACAACAAACAAUUCGUUCCCUCUGGAUUAUCUCGUCUCCUCGAUGCAGUUGCCGAUGCCAUGACAUUUGGUGCAUUGCCGACAUGUCCAAGUUGUAAACAAGGCCCAUUGCAUUAUAGUAAUGCAAAUUAUAAGUGUAGUGCUAUGGCUACAGAUUGGAUCCAGUGUCUUUAUCAUACCCGAUCGCCUGAACGUAAAAAGUUUAAUAUUCCUGAAGAGUAUCAUGAUGUGGAAUUUUUAAAGAAGUACAAAUAUGUCAAGCGUACACGAUUAUUUCCACCGGAUCUGGUCUCUGAUAUCACAGGACCACUAACUGGUUUAUUUUUCUAUAUCACUAAUGGACCAUUUGAUAGUGGCAAGUCAAGGGAACAGUUAAUGCGUGAAUUUACUAAUUUCGGUGGAGCCAUUAUGACGAAACUUAGCACCAAUACAAUUGUUGUCUCUACACUGGCUGAAUUGAAACCGGAAAAGAAUGUGGACAGUGCGUCAAAGGGGACAAUUUCAACAGCACGUGCUUCUGGUUUACGUGUUAUCGAUGAGGGCUUGUUAUCUGAACUGAAUUCAGGUGGGAAAUCUGAUGGGAAAAUUCAACAACUUCUGGAAAAACAUACAAUCUCUGAUUGGAAAGUCAAGAUCCGUGAGCCUAAAGCGGACAGAUGGGAGAAGCGACUAGCUGAUUUAGAAUUUGAUGAUCAAGAAAUGAUGCGACUGAAACUUAAAAAUGGUGCAGUUGUUGAUCCACAAUCAGAGUUAGAGCAUAAAGCCUCGGUGUUGAAAGAUGAAAGUGGGAAAUUCAUGACAGCAGUUCUCGGGAUGGUUGAUUUAGUCAAAGGAUCAAAUUCAUUUUAUAAACUUCAAGCCCUGCAAGCGGAUAAAUCCCAACGCUGUUGGGUGUUUCGUGCAUGGGGUCGUAUAGGCACACCAAUUGGUGGGACAAAAACCGAGUCCUUUCCGAAUGCUACAUCAGCACGUGCAUCAUUCAGAGAGCUUUACCUUGAAAAAACUGGUAAUCAUUGGGAUGAACGUGAAAAUUUCAAAAAGAUGCCGUAUAAAUUUUAUGAAUUAGAAUUAGAUUAUAAUAAUUCUUCAUCAGAUAUUAAAGAAAUUCAAAGUGUUAGUGAAAUUCCAUCAAAACUGCAUCCAUCAGUUCAAUCACUUUUAAGGUUUAUUUGUGAUAUAAAAUCUAUGGAGAAGGCUAUGGCAGAAUUUGAACUCAAUAAAACAUUAAUGAAACGACAAAAUGUUCAACUAAUAAAAAAUUAA